ACCAGUUUCUGUGUCAGUCAUGCUGGUUUGUAUUGCUGGGUGGGCAGGUGAACAAGAUCUCAAUUCAGACAGAUUAGAGUCAGUGUGACAUCACUUCCAUUCAUUGUUCUCUGCAGCUUGGUCUCUAUCUGUGCAUGACAUACAUCAGAAGUCAACACAUAAUGGUAUGCAAGUAGCACACUUUCUAUUCCACCCAUAACACUGAGUUACAUAGACACAUACGCAGGAACACACCUAGGUUUGGUAGGCCAGGCCUCCCUGACUUGCUGGGCAGGUCUGUGCCCACGCCCGUACCUGCUCGCUGGAGAAGACAGCUGUCACUGAACACAAUGUGUGUGUGUGUGUGUGUGUGUGUGUGUGUGUAUGCGUCAGUGUGUGUUCACUGAGCCAAGAGCUCACAGUCCUUUUUCUAGCACUGCUCAGUGCAUCUGUGACCCAAGCUAUUACUCACAGCUAAACUCAAUCUGACCAGGUUUUUUUGAAGGAGUUUUUCGAAGCGAGUGCUACAAACAAUGUCCAGUGAGGGGAACAGACAGUCUGUUUUAAGGACCACAAAGGUCCGCACUGCUCUGAAAGGAGACAACAGCUGGAUACAGAGACAGCAGGAGAAACUUGAACAAGAGGAGAAUGAGAAACCAUGGAUUGCUGAGGUGCGAGCAAACCGCUCAAAUGACGUGUUGGAAGAAACAAGUCCUGUUUCUACACCCACAACUAAAGAUCAUCUGCCCACAGUCAACACUGAGAAAGCAAAAGCAUCUACUUCUGGAUACCUGAUCAGAGGGGUUUUCACAAAAACGGAUGCCAAGCCAACAUCAACUUCAUCAGCCAAUGGAUAUGCCGGGGUAAAUAGCUUCUCCAAAAAGUCUACUGAUAGUUACAAGAAAAUAGCUCCUCACACAAUUCGAGUCAACAAUGAGACGCCCGUGCAGUCUGAGCCCGCUCUGAAUGAAGAGGAGAUGGAAAAGAGGACAGAGGCAGCCAGCAGUGUCCUCAAAGGUUCAGCGGCCAGCCAGCGUUCCUAUGUACUGUCGGCUGCAAAGAAAUAUGACUCAUCAGAAAAACCCAACAGCUGUCCCCAGACGAGUACUUCUUUUGUUGCCAAAAGAGUUGUCAUAAGUGAUGAUGAGGAUAUACCCACUACAGAGCCUGCUCCGUCUGCCUCUCAGCAAAGUGUUAAACCAACCCCAAAAGAACCCCCUGCCCCAUUAGUGAAGGAUGUAAAGCCAGUACCGCCUGAAGCUAAACCUGUACCUAAACCUACAUCACUUGCAACUGAAACUAAAGCAGCGGUUGAAAGUAAAACAGCAGCAACUGUAACAAAACCCUCGGCCGAACUUAAAUCAGUGGCUGAAACGAAAUCCACAACGCAAAUUACAACAGCAACUGAAUCUAAACCUACAUCAGAAACUAAACAAGUUGCUGAAACUAAAUCCACAAAAUCAGCAGUUGAACCCAAAGCUAAAUCUACAACACAAACUACAGUAACUACAACGGUAACUGAAUCUAAAUCCACAGCUGAACCUAAACCAGCAGCUGAGACUAAAGUUACAAUACAGACUAAAACAGAAACUGAACCCAAAUCAACGGCAGAAAUUAAACAAAUUGCUGAGAGUAAAUCUACAACACAAACUACAAUAGCAACUGAAUCCAAAUCCACAGCUAAAGCUGAAAAUAAACCUACAUCUCAGAAGAAAGUAGCAUCUGAACCCACCCCAGAGAAAAGCGUUGAAAGUCUGACGGCUCUUUCAGACACACUGAUAUCCUUCAGUACAGAGCCUGCCAGAAUGGAUCCUAAACUGAUCCUGGAAAAGAGAAAUGGCUUGAAGAAUGAUGAUCUUCUGGAUCUCUCUGAGAGUAAACCUGAACUAGAUCUGCUCAGUCAAGACUUGCUUACAGGUGACAGUUCUCUGCUGGACACAAAGCAGACACAGAUGAGUCUGGACCUGCUCGCUGAUGAUGUUAUCCCCAUCAAUACUAGUGCUACCAGAAUCAGCACUGAUUACACUUAUAGCAGGACAACCGUAAAACAGACAACGCAUUUUGAGAGCUCUGAUGAUCCAUUUGAUCCAAUUCCAGUAGGGAGUCUUCCCACAAAGAGUUCUGAGUGGUAUUCUGAUCCGUUGUCAGACCUGACCAACAGCUCCACAGACACAAUCAAACGCUACCAGAGUCCUAUAAACGUGGAUCCCAACAUGUCCACAGAUGUUUUGGUUUCUCUGGCCGAGGACGUCAUUCCUAUUAAUACUAAGAGGAGGAAUUGGACUGUGAACAUGGAGAGCUCAACCAGCACUAAAAUCGUGGACAGCGCUGACCAAAAAAAGUUACCAGAAUCUGAAUCUAAGAAGGGCUUUGUCUACGUUAAAGAAUAUGUAAACAAUUCACAUCUUGAUGGCAGCUCUGAUUAUGUGACCUCAUCAACCUCCGGCUACAAUUACAGCAGCCCCAGUCACUACUCCAGCCAUAAAGAAACUUCUUGCACAUACUGUGGAGAACUGGUGGGAAAUGACACGAUCACCAUUGAGCACCUGAACAUAUCAUGUCACCCAUCCUGCUUUAAGUGCGGUAUCUGCAGUAAACCGAUGGGAGAUCUACUCUACAACAUGUUUCUGCACCGUGGGACUGUUCACUGCGAGAGCUGCUAUUCCAAUGUGCUUUAAAUCUGACAAUUAAUUCCAGGACAAAUGGAUAUACUUCACUGUUAUGGACAGCUCCUUCCUUGUAAUAGGAAUUAGACUUGAAAUGAUGUGAGCAUGUUCAUACAUACUGUUAAAUGAGGCUUUAAUGCUGGAUGCUUUAAAUGUGUGCUAGUAGAAGAACUUGUUGUGGGAUUACAGGAUUGUUUUUUUUGGGCAUUCCUUAAUGCAUACAUUAAAUUUUAGUCAUCAGACGAUGUAUUUAAUCUACAAAAACCAAUGUUAAAUUGCUGUUUUCAGUGACUCUGAAUGGCUGGUCUAUUGUGACGCAAAUAUAUUCUUUAUUGCUAAAUGUGAUUUUCUGUAUACCAGCAGUCUCAAAAAUGAACUGUUUUAUCCACCUUUAUUGUAUUGCAGUAUAAAAAAUAAAUACAGCACAUUAAAAAAUACUGAGGUAUACAAAUCUUUAUAAAUGAACUUUCAUAUAAAAUGGACCCGAAAUUCCUAUGGGUUCAAAUGAAACCAAAAAUCAGCAACACCAAAAAAAAAAAAACAUUCUAGGACAAAAAUCUGGUACUAUAAUGGUAUUGUGAAUAAAGAAAUCAUUCACUUUAUCAUGUUUGCAGUGAUAUUCAUCUGUGAGUUUUUCUGUGAAAAACAUGCCAAAGUGACUAAAAUGUUCGGUCAAUGCAUAUUAAAAAGUGCCGAGUGUGAUGAUUGAAAUCUGAUUUCAAGGGAAGAAGAUGCACCUCAUCCAUUCUUAAAAUGCACACCCAGUUAAAGAUUAGCUGAGAUCAAAAUAUUUUGGCAACAGUGUUUUUUCCUCAGCUGUCAAGAGAGGUUUGGUUCUAACAUGC